AUGGAGGCUGUGAUACCAAUAAAUCACGAUAAAACUCAAGGUCUGCACAAGUUCGAACCUGGUGCCCUCGCUCGCUUGCCCUGUUCCGAUCGCCCAACGGGCAAGCAAGCAAGCAUGUUUGUGUCUCUCAUCGCAACUCUUGCUGUCGGCUUCGUGUUAGCGUUUGCUCAGGUCAACUCCACCGAAGAUCAGUUUCCACGUUGCGGCUCCACUCCAAGUGAGGCAGAAGUCAGAGUCGCAGAGCUUUCAUUUCUUGCCAAAGUGAACACGUCGAUGGCCACCCAGACGACUCUCAACGCGAUGGAUGAUUUCAAUGUGGUUAUCCCCGUUCACUGGCAUGCUAUUACAUCCGGAAAAUCUAUAAGAGCGGGAUAUAUCCCUAUGUCUCAGAUCACUGAGUCUAUAAAAGUGCUCAACAAGGAUUUCCGCUCCACAGGCUUCUCAUUCAAACUUGAGAGCAGCGAAUAUAUUCCUAACGAAAUAUGGUACGAUCGCGUAGGUCUCACGAAAGAUCCGCGUUCGCCUGAAUACGUGUAUCAAGUAGAAAUGAAACAAGCGUUACGCCUAGGAGGUGCAUCCGCACUAAACGUAUACUCUACUGGCUUUACCAACACUACGAACAGACGCCUUCUUGGCUUCGCGACUUUUCCUAGCGAAUAUGAUUAUAACCCAGUCGACGAUGGAGUCGUCAUUCGAUGUUCAACGGUUCCAGGAGGAAUGUUUUAUCCCUUUAACCAAGGGAAGACUCUUACGCAUGAAGUGGGACAUUGGCUAGGCCUAUACCAUACAUUCCAGGGUGGCUGUAGAGGUAAAGGGGACUUGGUCUCGGAUACUCCAGCUCAUGCAAACGGGACCAAUGGUUGUCCGAAUAUCUUACCGGACACAUGUCCAGACCAUCCGGGUUACGAUCCGGUCCAUAACUUUAUGGACUACAGCGACGAUGCUUGUUUAAAUGAAUUCACCCCAGGACAGAUUAGGCGCAUGCGCGACCAGUUCAUGACAUACCGUCUUGAGGAUGCAUGGGCAGCUUCCUCAUUGAAAGGCCUCCGUGUCAAGAAAGCUCAAGCCUCAUUGAACAGUCCAUGCUUUCGACCCACAUAUUCGACUGCAUUCGCUACUGUUAAACACUUUGCUUUUUCAAAAUACCUUGGCCCCACUAUCUAUUCGCCCUUGGAAAUCUUCGCGGCCUCGAGGCUCAGGUCGCCCCACUCCAGGGUAUUCUUGUCCUUCUUGAAGUCUACCUGUCCCGGAUCAACACCCAUGAAGAUGAACGCCACCAGCCAGCAACAUAUUCAAACUCUGUUGGGAUAG